AUGGCGAUGUUACCGCCGCAUCAGAACGUCGUCAGGAUCUUCGAUCUCUUCGAAACAGACGAUUCCCUCGCGAUCGUCAUGGAACUAGUCGAUCCGCCGAUGACGAUCUACGAUCGGCUAAUCUCCGCCGGGGGACGGUUAUCGGAAUCGGAAUCCGCCUCGUACGCGAAACAGAUCCUCCGCGCGCUCGCUCAUUGUCACCGGUGCGGCGUCGUUCACCGGGAUGUGAAACCUGACAACGUCUUGGUCGAUCUCGUAACCGGCGGAGUUAAGCUCUGCGAUUUCGGAUCGGCGGUGUUGUUAGGCGGAGAGACGGCGGAGGGAGUUGUGGGAACACCGUAUUACGUGGCGCCGGAGGUUGUGAUGGGGAGGAAGUACGACGAGAAGGUUGAUAUAUGGAGCGCCGGUGUUGUGAUCUACACGAUGUUAGCUGGUGAGCCGCCGUUCAACGGUGAGACGGCGGAGGAGAUCUUUGAAUCGAUACUGAGAGGGAAUUUGAGGUUUCCGCAGAAGAAAUUUGGAUCAGUGUCAGGAGANCGAGUGGGUUACCCAUAUGCCCAGAGGAAGGUUGUGUUAAUUAGUAACUUUUUUUUUGUCAACAAUUUUUAA